AAAAAAGGCUUCAAGUCAGUCGGCUGAAAUUCAUUGUUGCCUGUCCAGCCAAUCAUAGUUUUUGACGACACAAAAGAGGCUAAAGUUGGAGUAUAAAAAGGUGUGCGCUAAUAAAGUAUGAUGCCUGUCAGAGUGCGACAUUAAUCCAAACGCAGUCCAGUCACGCAUUAGGUCCAGCGCACACCCGGGGAUCUUUUUUCUGAGUCCAACUUCACGCCUUAGAGACAAUGCAUCUGUCUCAAAUCGUGCUCUAUCUUAGUUUGCUGAUUGCUUUGGGUCCAGUGGUUCUGAGUGACCAAGAAACGCACCAGCAGCCGUCCGCCACCACCCCGGAGGACGCGGAGCAGUGCGCUACCUGCGAAGUCCGGCAGCAGAUCAAAACCAUGCGGCUGAACGCGAUAAAGUCUCAGAUCCUGAGCAAACUGCGGAUGAAAGAGGCUCCAAAUAUCAGCCGAGAUAUCGUGAAGCAGCUCCUCCCGAAAGCGCCGCCGCUGCAGCAGCUUCUCGACCAGUACGACGUGCUGGGAGAUGACAGCAAGGAUGUAGUUAUGGAGGAGGAUGAUGAGCAUGCCAUCACGGAGACAAUAAUGAUGAUGGCCACUGAACCCGAGCCUGUCGUCCAAGUGGAUGGGGAACCAAAGUGCUGCUUUUUCUCUUUUACUCAAAAGUUUCAAGCCAGUCGCAUAGUACGGGCGCAGCUCUGGGUGCAUUUGCGCCCGGCGGACGAGGCAACCACCGUGUUCCUGCAAAUCUCCCGCCUGAUGCCGGUCACAGACGGGAACAGGCACAUACGGAUCCGUUCCCUGAAGAUCGACGUGAAUUCCGGGGUCAGCUCUUGGCAAAGUAUAGACGUCAAACAAGUGCUGACUGUGUGGCUGCGGCAGCCGGAGACCAACUGGGGCAUCGAGAUUAACGCCUUCGAUUCGAGGGGAAAUGACUUGGCCGUGACCUCCGCAGAGCCAGGAGAGGAAGGAUUGCAACCAUUUAUGGAGGUGAAGAUCUCAGAGAGUCCCAAGCGAGCCAGGAGAGACACGGGCCUGGACUGUGAUGAGAACUCUCCAGAGUCCCGGUGCUGCCGCUAUCCGCUCACAGUUGACUUUGAGGACUUUGGCUGGGACUGGAUUAUUGCCCCAAAGCGCUACAAGGCCAACUAUUGCUCUGGGGAGUGUGAGUACAUGCACUUGCAGAAGUACCCACAUACCCACCUGGUGAACAAGGCCAACCCGAGAGGGACCGCAGGCCCCUGCUGUACCCCCACCAAGAUGUCGCCCAUCAACAUGCUCUACUUUAACCGCAAAGAGCAGAUCAUCUAUGGCAAGAUCCCCUCCAUGGUGGUGGACCGUUGUGGAUGCUCUUGAGUUGGGAUGGAGACCCUGGCGAGAGGGACGGGAGGACUGAGGGGCUGUGGCUCACUCCGGCCUCCAACUUCAGACUUGUUGACACAACCAAUCCACCAGUUCCAAUGCCUUCCUGCAGAACAUGGUGCAAUAGAACCAGAGUAGAGGCCACAAACAGCCCGACUUUCCGGCGGGCAGCGCUUUCACAACCGGUAUAGCUCUUCUUUCUUCCAGAGAAAUCUUAGCCAUAGAGGCUUGAAGUCAGAUCGAUACAGGAACACACACACACACACACACACACACAUGCUGGACCUUGGAGUGAAUGUAGAGAGAAAUGAUCAAAGUUAUCCAAAAAACUUUUUUUUUUUCUAUUGUCUCAGUGUUCUGUGCUCUAUCCAUUUAUACAAACAUGCUGACAGAUUAUACUAAUAUGCCAUCUACUCCACUCCACUCCACUCAUAGCCAACCUACAAGCUAUUACACUUUUUGCUAAGCUAUAUGUUUGUGAUAAUCAUUUUUCGAGUUAUGUUUUCAGAGUGAAACCAGGAAUCCUCAAGGACAUUUUGAAAGGGCUUGGAAAAAUGCAGCUGGAGAGUCCUUCGGGCGAUAUUUCACACCGGUAGAACGUGCUUUAGUACACGUAGGUUCAUCGGAGUCGAAAAGAUGAAAGCUGGCGGCAUGACAAAACCCCUAGUCACCCCCGAUUUAUUACCGCUAUUUGUAAGACCCAAACAAAACUUGCAUCUUUAACUUGUUUGGAAAAUUAGACACAGGUCACCAUUAUCUUUCCUCUAUUGGAUCAAAGUUAAAGUUUUAAUUUUAUUUUUUCUGAUGAACAACUCUAAGAGCUGUGGAAUAAAGCCCUAAGUGCGGGUGGUGACGUGGUGGUUGAUCACUCCUGAGAUCCUAUGGACACAAAAAUGUUCCACCGGGCUGAAGUAUCACUUUAGGUCUUGACAGAUCUUAUGUAUUCUGCCAUACAUACACACAGUAACACACCCGACCAAGGAGCAUUCUUGCUCAGUCAUAAUCACUAUACAACAAAAACAGCCAGACCUGCCCAAUACACUUGAAUUAUUCUGAUUGUAAAUUCACAUUACUGGACAGAAGGACUUGAACUGAAGGCACAAUGAAUGCAGCCUACAAAUGAAAAUGUGUUUAAGACAGAGAAAAUGGAUUGUUUAGAUGUAUGAAUGUUGAGAUCAUGCUUAAACUCUGUCUUACAAACAACACAGUUUGCACUAUGGCACACCAAUAGAAAGAAUUGGUUGCUACAAAAGUUGUAAAAACUGAUUUUGAUAUGUUUGCUAAUUUGUAUUGUAUACAUAUGCCAUUGUUUCCAUUAGGAGUUGCCUUUCUAAACCACUUUUGGUAAAUGUAUAAAACCACAAUCUAUCAAGAUAAAAAAAAAAAAUGUAAUACAGCAACUCUAUAUACUUGUUUUAACAAAUAAAGUUUCUAGCUUGUUUA